AUGUCCGCAGACAAACUCAAGGAGGAAGGGAACGCGCUUUUCGCCAAGAAGCAGUAUGGGCUUGCAGCACUGAAAUACACGGAAGCUAUCGAGAUUGACGAAGAAAAUGCCGUUUUGUGGGCAAAUCGGGCGGCCUGUCGACUCAACACGCGGCAAUUUAUGGAUGCUGCUUCGGACUCUGAAAAGGUGUUAUUCACCGCGACCAAGCUCGAUCCCGGUUAUGCCAAAGCAUGGGCACGUCUCGCUACAGCACACGAUGCCUUGCACGACUACAAGUACAGCGCCAAAGCUUGGCGAGCUGCGUUGGACAGUCUGCCAAAAGAUUAUCUCAACGCGAGUGAACAGAAGCAGAAGGAGCAGUACGCAGCUGGUCUCAAGGCUGCCGAGGCCAUUGCCAACAAGCCUUUGCAACCUGCUCCCGUACUCUACAUGAGCAACACAGACGACCAUCCAUGGGUUGCAGGCCGUCGUCUUGUCGAACAGUAUCAACAUACAGGAUUCUUCAACUCGAGCGCGUGGCUCAUCAACGAGGCCUACAAUGAUUUCAAGGAGGGCGUGGACCUUAUGAAGGCCAUGAAGCAGUGGAAAGAUCCUCGCUCGGGUCAGACGCUGAUUCAAGCUAGGUUCGGUGCUCUUGAAGUUCUCGUCAACGCCAUUAUUCUGGAUAAGCGUGUGUUCCACGCCGAAGGCAAUUUCUUCGAACUUUACAAGAAGCAAGUCGAAUCGGAGUGCCGAACUGUGAACGCCUGGACGAAGACCGGCCCCGAAGAAAUCAUGCGAGAAGUACCGAGUCGGCUGGCUAGCGAAGGCUGGAAAGGUGUUCGACCCGCACUAUCCGUUACCAUCAGGGCCUGGAUUCUGCGCGCUCACUUCGACUCCGGCAUGCAGCGUCGCCAUGAUGUCGCUGUUGAAUUCACUACUCGAGCGGUACAGCUUCUGGCGUGGGGGCGUGAGACCUACAAGAACGUCCCCAAGAGCGAGCGAGGUGCCAUCUUUUCGGACACGUUCAUUAUAGGCGUCCGUAGGCAUCUCCUUGAGGCGCUGAUAGGCGCCUAUAGCGAAAAGUCCGAUCCGCAAAUUCUCGAAGAUCUGUACGAAGAAGCCACGCAGGUACUGAAAGAGGCUGCCGCGCUCAAGCCCCCCACCCCUGCGGACGGUAUAAGCCCGGGAUUCUUCUUGGGCUUUCACCGAUAUCCCAAGGCUGAUGCUCAAGCUGCUCUCGGUUUCUACCACGCAAAGCUUGCGCUUCGUUCCCGAACGAACCAGGCGGAGGCGGAGGAGUACUGGAGAAAAUCCAUCGCCGCCUAUACCGAAGCGGCCGACAUCCUGCCUGAGGACGACGAGCAGCAUGCUUGGUUCCUCAAUGUUGCACUCGAGUACAUGGACAAAGUCACGACCCCCUUAGCCACAAAACUCAAGAUGUACGAACGCCUCAGGUCCAGUAUUCCCAAGACAGAGGCGAUCUGGCGCAUGUCCUCUUUCUCGAGAGGCGGUGUACCGCAACAUUAUCAGCAAGUGCUUGGCUACGAGAAGAAAUUGCGCGAGGGUCUGGAUUCAGGAAAGUGGUCGCUCAGCACUGAUGUGCGGAGGGAGCAGCUGUCGUAA